GCUUUGGGCUAAAUUAUGUGAAAUCGACUUAAGACAUACCAUUACCAGCUUCUCGUUUAUAAACUUGUCCGGCAGCCAAAAACUUGAACUCCGAUAAUGGCGGGGGCUAUAACAGACGAUUAUCAGAACCUAUCUAUGUUCUUCAAAUCGGGGAUUUACCGAUUACAAGGUUCAAACGCCGUAUUCAUGGACCCAGUUCGCGUCCUUAACCUCUCAUACAGUCAUUUUAGGGUUUCUCCAUCUUCUUACUACUCUCGUUUCUUCGAACCGAUUCCCUCCGGCGAAGAGCAUUCUAGGGUUUCCAAAAAUCAAAGAAAACGGAAACGUAAACAGAAAAAACCUCUUGCGCUUAAUGAAAGAGAACAAGCUGCUGAAGAACGCCAUCAGAAGGCGAAACCUUUCUUGAUGAAGGCGCACGAACUUUUGCUCGGAGCUAAUGAUCUUCUGCUAAAUUUGGGGAAAUUGAGAAGUGAUGAUGAUUCUCCAACAUCUGAUUGUGAACAGUCGAUGGUAGCAAGUGAUGAACAUUCGUUUGUUGAGCUUGGGAGUGUAUGGCAAGCUCCAUUGUUUGAAAUUUCUCUGUAUCCUCAUAAGGAUUACAAGCCAACACAAGAUGAAAAAAGAAAUACUCCGGCAUUUGGGAGCUUGAUUGCUAAUAUGGCAAACAGUGACAUGGAAGCUGAUUUUCUAAAUCGCCAAUACAUUAUACCCAAACAGAGUUCCUUCUACAUGUCUGAUCUGAAGCAGAUUCAUGGCCUAAUCCCUGUUAAACGAGAUUGUGGAUACAAUCUUAUUGUUGUCGAUCCACCUUGGGAAAAUAGCAGUGCCUACCAAAAAUUGAAGUACCCAACGUUGCCCAAUCGAUACUUUUUGUCUCUUCCUAUUGAAAAACUUGCUCAUAAAGAUGGAGCCUUGGUAGCUUUGUGGGUAACAAAUAAGGAGAAAUUACGAGUAUUUAUUGAAAAAGAUUUAUUCCCUAAAUGGGGGGUGAAGUAUUUGGCAACUCAUUAUUGGUUAAAGGUGAAAGCAGAUGGUUCUUUAAUUGGUGAAUUGGAUCUUUUUCAUCAUAGGCCAUAUGAAUGUCUUGUCCUUGGUUACUGUUAUCCAGAGGUUGAGGAUUCGGAUUAUUUUUCAAAACUAAAAUCCAUUCCAGAUGGUCAAGUGCUCAUCAGUAUCCCGGGAGAUUACUCCAGGAAACCCCCGGUUGGAGAGAUGCUACGCGAUCUCGUAUCCUGUUUCAUCUUUUUGGGGAAACCGCCGGAAGCUUGGUUUUCAUGAUAUUCAAUUCUGCCGGUAUGCUAUAUACUCCGCCAGAGCCACCAGCGGCGCCACCCCCUUGUAUGAUUCAAACCCUUCAAGCUGCUGUUUAGCUUCCGCCAACAACUCCUCCGAGAACUGCCGUGAUUUCUCAAGUCCCAUUAGUUUCGGGUAAGUCAUCUUGUCUACGAGUAAAUCUUUUCCGGCGGUUUUCCCCAAUUCCUCCGACGACUUGGUGACGUCUAAUAUGUCGUCAACCACCUGAAACAGUAAUCCAAUGCAUCUUGCGAACUUUCUCAGUUUUUCUACUUGGGUGUCGCUUCCUCCACCUAAUAUUGCUCCCAAUACGACGGCUGCUUCCAAUAGCGCCGCCGUCUUGUGGAUAUGGAUGAACUCAAGCUGGUCCAGUCCGACGUCCUUUGCACCUGUUGAAGCUAUGUCCACCACUUGACCCGCGACCAACCCUUCAGUCCCAAUCGACUUCGCCAGUUCUCCGACGGCGGCCAAAACGCGUUCAGGAGACGCGCCGACGGUGGCGCUUGCGAUGUGUUGGAAAGCGAAGGCGAGGAGAGAGUCGCCGGCGAGGACCGCCACGUCUUCGCCGUAAACCUUGUGGUUUGUUGGUUUCCCCCGGCGAAAAUCGUCGUUAUCCAUGCAAGGAAGGUCGUCGUGAAUCAACGACAUGGUGUGUAUCAUUUCAACAGCGCAGGCGGCGGGCAUGGCGGUGGAUUCGUCACCUCCGACGAGCUCGCAAGCGGCGAUGCAGAGAAUGGGCCUCACACGCUUCCCACCGGCGAGGAGAGAGUAACGCAUAGCUUCAUGGAUUGUGGGUGGCGUUUUAAUGGAAAUGGAUUCAUCAAGCGCUCUGUUAACCCGAACAGCUUUCUCCCCCAUGUACGCCUUGAAAUUGAAGCAAUCCGAUGAGAUUUCACCCAAAGUUUCCUGUUCUUCUCUGGUAAUCACAGCAGAAACAGAGAAACUCGAAGAAGAAGAAGAAGAAACUCUGGAUCUUGGAUGAAUUUUGAAAUUGGGUUUACUGCAUUUCAUCGGCGUUUUGCAGAUCAAUCCGACGAAUGACGAUGACGAAGAUCCGUUGAACAUGGAACAUGUUUGAACCCAUGAAUCGAUGAAAUUCAGAGAUCUCAUGUUUAUCCAGAAAUAGAAGAAGGAGAAGGAGAUGAACUGUGUGCUUUUUGAAAUGAGUCAAGUUGUUAGUGAAAAUGGGUCCCUGAACAUUCUAACAACAAAUCAACAUCUGCCAACCUAAUCUCUUUGAGGUCAUGGGGGAUGAAGGGUGCAAUCUGUAAAUUCCACAGAAAAAAAGGAUACCUCAUCACAUUCACACCAAAGAUAAAUGCCAAAAUAAAAUGCAUAUAUUUUAAUUAAUUAUUAAAAAUCGAUUUUUGGGGUAAAUUUUAUUCCAUUUAAAUAUGUACUUUUUUUGAUAAAAAAGGAAUUAUAAGUUUGAUUAAACUUGAUUAAAGUUAAUUUUUGGGUAUAAGAAUGAUUCCAUAUAAGAGGAUUGUGUACGUUUUUUAUUGCUUACUAAAAUUAAAAUAUUUCUUUUUGGUUCUUGUGAUUGAGGUUAAAAGUGGAAAGAAAAUCAUUUAUUUAAAUUGCUUUAGAUUUUUAUUUUUUGUUAACAUUUGAUUUUGUUUUAUUUUAUGAUAAGGAUGAAAAGUAAUCUUUGAAUGUGAGUGGAAAGUAUAGAAGCACUAGUAGUACCAUGUUCACCAUUCGCUUUUAUGGUAAACGAGAGUACACAGCACCACCUAAUUCUUCUAUAUAUAGUGAGAAGUGAGGACAUUGCAUUAAUAAUAUGUGGAUCAUUGUGGAUCGUUAGAUUGUGUUGAAAUCAAUCGUAGCCGUUUACACUUUGAUGUAUCGAUUUACACAUCAUUGUAGAUGAAAAUGUGAACUUUGCAACUUUUAGUUUGACUUUAGAAGCUUGUAUUAAACAACUGC